CCUUUCAUAUCUUGUUUUAGUAAGACUUUCAUGGAGUCAGGUGUAGCUCAAAAGGCCAUCACCAUGCUGCCUUAUGAUUUGUUACAGAUGAUAUUUCAAAAGCUUGAAAAUACCAUGGAUCGCAAUGCCUUUGGCUUAACUUGCAAAUGUUGGUUUCAGAUUCAAAAUUCAUCACGCAGAUCAUUGAUCUUCCAGUUCUGUUACAACCCCAAAAUCUACCGAACCUAUGCACUGUAUCUGCCAAGACUACUUGUUCGUUUUCCACAUCUCAGCUCAAUCUCUCUAGCCGGUUUCACAGAGUUAUCAGAUUCAGCAUUGACCCUGUUGAGUGAUUCAGGGAAAAACAUCCAGAACCUAUCACUAUAUUGCUGCUUUGGCAUUACUGAUAACGGCAUUUUAAAAGUGUCUUCUGGAUGUACUAACUUGAUAUCUGUCACUCUUUAUCGCUGUAAUAUUUCAGAUGUUGGAUUAGAAUACCUUGCUAAAUCUUGUCAAGCCUUGGAGAACAUGAACCUAUCUUAUUGCAUGCUUAUUUCCGACAGUGGAAUCAAAGCAUUAUCAAAAGGUUGUCCUAAGCUUCAUGUGCUAAUGAUUUCCUACUGCAGAGGAAUAACCGGAACUGGAUUCAAGGGAUGUCCUCCAACUCUAGCUUAUCUGGAAGCCGACUCUUGCUUGCUAACUCCGGAUGGAUUGUUUGAAACUGUGAGUGGUGGCGGUAUUGAAUACCUUAAUGUCUCUAGUCUCAGAAGUUGGCUUGGUGCAGAUGGUUUGGAUCGAAUUGGUUGUGGCCUCGCCACACGGCUGAGGUUUCUCAAUCUCCGCCUCUGUCGCUUUGUAAGUGAUGAUUCAGUAGCAGCAAUAGCCAAGGGUUGCCCAUUACUAGAGGAAUGGAGUCUCGCAGUGUGUCACGAGGUCCGGGUCUCUGGUUGGGAAGCAGUCGCGUCAAAUUGCAAAAACUUGAAGAGUUUGCAUGUGAACCGAUGCCGAAAUCUCUGUGACCGAGGACUGGAGGCCCUGCGCAAUGGAUGCACCCUGCUUCGAGUGUUAUAUAUGCAUGGAUGCCGACGAGUCACGAGCUUAGGUUUGGAGAUGUUUAAGCUGCAGAGACAGGAUGUUGAAGUGAAGAGAGAAGAGUGUAUAUCGAUCGGUCCUUGCAUAGACGAUUUUUUUGCAUAACAAUUAACCGAAGGCAUUAAUAAACAGAACAUCUCUGGUGGUGAAUCUUACUGAUCAAAUUGGCAGCAAUUUAGGAAUCUUCAUUUGAAAUUCUCAGCGACAAAGUCACAACUCAUUGUUACUGUUUCUUUUAAGCAAAAGCAGCAAAUUUUCUUUAGUAAACAACUGAUGGUCUUAUUGUUCUGAAAUCUAAUGAAUGAUUUUAACCUUAACUGUUUUUUUUUC